ACAACAGCACAAAGCUUUGCUUUGUUGCACUUAUACAUACCUUAUCGUGAUCUAUCAGUUGUUCAGUCGGUAAAAGUCCUGCUGCACACGUUUUAUUCCGACUAUCUCUCUCGCACUCACGCAAGCACCACGCAAGUGAUAGAUCACUCUAUACACAGCUUAUACAUUCAGUCGUUUGGGUCAGUUUGGGACGAUCUGUCAAACGCAGAUGAGAAAGAAGUGGUUUUAACAGAUCAGUGACACAUGUCAAAACCAAGUUAAUAAUUAGUUGUUAAUAAACGAACGAGCUACAAAUAUACAGCAAUGUCUGUUAUGUUAACUGCAGAUUGGUCUCCUCUGGGACGAGAUGUAUAUUUUAGGAAAUUUGAGCUUUAUCCGCUGUCAUUCCAACAUGAGGUAAAACUCAACAAUUGGCUAGUGGCUUCUUCUUAUGGUGGUUCAAUCGCUGUAACUAGAAAUCCCAAAAAGUUCGUAAAAGUUCAAGGAGCUAAUAAACCUCUGAUAUCUCUGUAUUCUUCUUCUGGAAAAGUUAUGGCAAAAUUUUCUUGGAGCAGUGGUCAGCUGGUAGCUAUGGGCUGGUCCCACCAGGAGGAAUUGUUGUGCAUACAAGAAGAUGGCAUGGUCCUGAUUUAUGACAUGUUUGGAACUUAUCAGCAUACCUUCAGCAUGGGCAAUGAAGCAAAAAACACGAAAGUCAUUGAGGCCAAAUUCUUCACCACGGUUAGCGGGACUGGAAUUGCCGUUAUGACAUCUACCAAUCGUGUAUUCCUUGUUAACAAUGUGUCCGAACCAAAAAUUCGUCAAAUUCCUGAAACGUCUAAACUCGGAGGAUCCUUCGAUGCUUGGUGCAUCAUACGCUAUGACAGAGAAGGUCAACUUAUAUUAUCAAAUCAGGAUGGAAUAUAUCAAAUACAUCAUAAGACUCAGUCACUGGUCCCGACACCUUUUAGCAAUUUAUUCACAAAUAAAACUAACAGUGUAACGGCGAUCGCCGUUUCCGGAAAUAAUCAACAUAUUGCACUUUACGGUGACACCGGAUACGUUUACCUCGGAUCUUUAGACCUGAAAACGAAAUAUUGUGAAUUCCAACUGGGCGUUAAAGAGUCACUAUCCGACAUGGUGUGGUGUGGAACAGAAGCUGUAGUGUGUAGCUGGAGCGGUUCCGUUAUGGUGAUUGGUCGAAGCAGCGACUUCAUUUUAUACACGUACGACGGGCCGGUUCAUCUCGUAACAGAAAUUGACGGAGUACGAGUAAUUUCGAGUAAUUCCCACGAAAUGAUACAAAAAGUUCCAAACGUCGUUCAGAAAAUAUUCCGUAUAAAUUCAACCGAUUCUGCGUCCUAUCUUUUGGAGGCGUCGAAACAAUUUCGGAAAAGGAGUCACAAGGCUGACAGUUACAUUGAUCUCGUCAAGGACAAUCUCGACGUUGCCAUCACAGAUUGCGUGAAUGCAGCCAGUCACGAGUUUGAUCCUGAGACUCAAAAACUGUUGAUGAGGGCGGCCAAAUUCGGUAAAGGCUUCAGUAGAACUAUUAAUCCGGAAUAUUAUGUUACGAUGUGCAGGAUUUUGAGAGUACUGAAUGCGGUCAGACAUCCAGCAAUUGGAAUUCCGUUAACUUAUACGCAAUUGACAGUGUUAACGAAUCAAGUAUUACUAGACAGACUGGUAGUACGAAGGCAUUAUUAUUUGAGCAUACAAAUAGCACGUCAUCUCCAACUUCCGGAGGUCGAUGGUGAGAGCAGAAUUUUGGCACACUGGGCUUGCUACAAAGUGAAACAAGUGAAGCUGGAUAUGGAGCAAUUGGCGGAAGAAAUAGCGGCCAAAUUGGGAUACGCACCUGGUGUUUCGUACAGCGAAAUUGCUGAACGCGCUGCUGAUUAUGGGAGAAAACAACUGGCGAUAAAACUGAUCGAUUACGAGCCAAGAGCUCAACUGCAAGUUCCGCUCCUUCUACGACUCGGUGUCGAACAAGCUGCUCUUAACAAGGCUGUUGAAAGCGGAAAUACGGAUCUAGUUUACACUGUUAUACUUUAUUUGCAGAAAAAUAUGACACUUGCGAAUUUUGAGAUGGCGAUAAAACACUGCCCAUUGGCGAUGUCAUUGUAUAUCAAAUACUGCCAAAAUCAUAAUCGUGAAGCUUUACUUGACAUUCACGUUUUGUACGAUGAUUAUUAUUCUCAAGCUUUGUGGUAUAUCAGAGAAAGUUAUCAACCGAAGAAUACCCAAACAAGAGACUCUCUUAUGCAAAAUGCACAAGAAAAAUUCAAGUUGGGAAGGUAUGAAACGAACGCAACGAUCACAGGCGAACAAGUAAAAUUAUUAAAGUAUCAACGCUCGUUGGAAGAUACUUUGCGUGAAUCCGUGGUCGGAAAGUCUCUCCACGACACAGUUCGAUUGUUGUUGCUUCUGAAUGAAACAAAACUAGCCGAUAAUUUACGUUCCGAGUACAAAAUACCAGAUCGUCGUUACUGGUGGCUACGCAUUCAAUGCCUUGCAGAAAAGGGACUUUGGAGCGAUUUGGAAAAAUUUUCAAAAAGCAAAAAAUCACCGAUUGGUUAUGAGCCUUUCGUCGACGUUUGUUUGCAAUAUGACAAAAUGGAAGCAAAGAAAUAUCUACCAAAAGUGAGGGCGGAAUUGAAAGUAAAAUACUUGACAAAAUUAAACAUGUUAUUGGAUGCUGCUCAAGUAGCGCACGAACAGGGCGAUGUCUUGGCCUUAAAUUUCGUAUUGGCUCAGUGCGGGACGUCAAACAAAAAACUAGUAGACCAAAUCAACGGAAUGUUGGCUAGUCUGGGGAGCAAGAAGUAGAAAGCAAAAAAAAAUCCAAGGAGGAAUAUGAGAUUAAAAGUUCCAUAUGUUCUUGAAAUUAAUAUCUUGUACAAAGUGUUUAUAUAUACAUAAUCAUAUAAUAUUAAAAUUAUUGAUACAAAA